UUUUGCAGAGGCUCUGAAACCAGCUCAAUCUUAGAGCUCUGCUUAGUCUCUCUACAGUCUACUCAAUCUCCGGUUACAGCUAAAUCGCGGCCCGCGGGCAUGGCAGAUGGCUGCUCUUAGGAUCCUCUCUAGUUAUACUCUUAAGUGUUUUGAACCGAAAUGGAUAUGAUUGUGUGGUGCUUGUACCAUAUAUACUGCAGAAAUUCAUAUUUUCAAUGUGUUACAUAAUGGGAACAUAAGUAAUGACAGUUAAUACGAUGUCAUUGUCAGUGGAUGCAAUUGUAUAUAGUGUAAAAACAACUAUAAACAUAAAUAUUUUGAGACAGAUAGAAGAUGAUCUUGAUCUAGAUGAGAAGAUUUCUAUAUUAUUCUUAAUAAUAGACAAUUAUGCCGAUGGGUUUAAUGAUAUUUUUAAACUUUUUCAAAUGAAGACAGAAAAUGUUUACAUAAUUGUAGAUUAUGUAAAAAACCAUCCAGAAAAUUGGGAAGAGAAAAUUUUAGAAGCAUUAUGUAUUUUGAACAAUCGAGAAGUAAUAAAGAAGUUAAAUAUAUCAUUCAGUGAUUUGAAUUUACAGUAUAUUCCAAAGCUCACAUCAUAUUCAAGAAAUAUAAAUGUAAUUGCAAAGUGUUUAUAUAGAUUAUGUGAAUAUUUAAAUGAAAAUGAACAAAAACUAUUAUUAAAUUAUGUUAAAUCUGAAAAUCAUAAUUAUGAAUCAUUACUGGACAAUGUAUAUUAUCUUGAAUUACAUAUGCUUUAUUGGAUGCAAAUUGGAUAUAUAACAAUUACGAAAGGUAAAACGCAUAAUAUAAAAAAGUUAUUAAAACAUUUAAAAGAAUUUAAUAAUGGCCAUUUAAAAAUAAUUUGUAUGGAGUUAGAACAAUUUGAGAAUGUUGUUGAUAAUUGUGGAACUUUUGGAACAAGUAAUGAAAAUUACUUAAAGUCAACUUCUUCAGCAGAAUCAUCCCUUAUUAAAGAGCAUCACUACAGAAAAAAAAUACAAUCCAUUAACAGUGGACUGUGUAUUAUUAUAAAUCAGAUGUAUUUUGAAAAAGAGUAUGAAACACGAUUUGGAACAAAUGCUGAUUGUAUUAGUCUAUCUGAAACAUUUGAAUCCUUUGGGUUUAGAAUUGAGAUACUUCAAAAUUUGAAGAAAAACACAAUGUUAGAGAAAAUAAAAAACAUUUCGAGAGACUAUGGUAAAACAUAUGAUUGUUUAUUUCUCUGUAUUUUGAGUCACGGAUAUAAAGGAGGUGUAAUUGCAUCAGAUGAGAAAGAAGUUUCUCUGGAAACAAUUGAAAGGGCUCUUUGUUGUAGCGAAUUGAAAGAUGUUAUAAAAAUUGUUAUUAUUCAAGCUUGUCAAGGAAAGACACGUGGUAAUGAAAGAAAGUUAUACAAAAGUUAAACUUAUAAUUUUAAUAUACAUUUGAAAAAAAUUGAA